AUGACCACUUUACUUUUGGUGUUUGUGACUCUGAGGGUCAUCACAGCAGCCAGCUCACUAGAAGCUUCAGACCCAGACAACUCACUGAGUGUCAGCAUCCCCGAACCGUCCCCAAUGCGGGUCCUCCUGGGGAGCUCCCUCACCAUCCCCUGCUACUUCAUCGACCCCAUGCACCCUGUGACCACCGCCCCCUCCACCGCCCCCCUCGCCCCAAGAAUCAAGUGGAGCCGCAUUACCAAGGAGAAGGAGGUGGUGCUGCUGGUAGCCACUGAAGGGCAGGUGAGGAUCAACAGUGCUUACCAAGACAAAGUCUCGCUACCCAACUACCCGGCCAUCCCCAGCGAUGCCACCUUGGAAAUCCAGAACCUGCGCUCCAACGACUCUGGGAUCUAUCGCUGUGAGGUUAUGCACGGCAUUGAGGACAGUGAGGCUACCCUGGAGGUCGUGGUGAAAGGCAUUGUGUUCCAUUACAGAGCCAUCUCCACGCGCUACACGCUGGACUUUGACAGGGCACAGCGUGCCUGCCUGCAGAACAGUGCCAUCAUUGCUACACCCGAACAGCUGCAGGCCGCCUAUGAGGACGGCUUUCACCAGUGUGACGCCGGCUGGCUGGCCGACCAGACUGUCAGGUACCCCAUCCACACCCCGAGGGAAGGCUGCUAUGGAGACAAGGAUGAGUUCCCAGGCGUGAGGACCUAUGGCAUCCGAGACACCAAUGAGACUUAUGAUGUGUACUGCUUCGCUGAGGAGAUGGAGGGUGAGGUCUUCUAUGCGACAUCUCCGGAGAAGUUCACCUUCCAAGAGGCAGCCAACGAGUGCCGGCGGCUGGGCGCCCGGCUGGCCACCACGGGCCAGCUCUACCUGGCCUGGCAGGGCGGCAUGGACAUGUGCAGUGCCGGCUGGCUGGCUGACCGCAGUGUGCGCUACCCCAUCUCCAAGGCCCGGCCCAACUGCGGAGGCAACCUCCUAGGCGUGCGGACCGUCUACCUGCACGCCAACCAGACAGGCUACCCGGACCCCUCAUCCCGCUAUGACGCCAUCUGCUACACAGGUGAAGACUUUGUGGACAUCCCAGAAAACUUCUUUGGGGUGGGUGGUGAGGAGGACAUCACCAUCCAGACAGUGACCUGGCCUGAUGUGGAGCUGCCCCUGCCCCGAAACAUUACUGAGGGUGAAGCCCGAGGCAACGUGAUCCUCACUGUGAAACCCAUCUUUGACCUCUCUCCCACUGCCCCGGAGCCUGAGGAGCCUUUCACAUUUGUCCCGGAGCCCGAGAAGCCCUUCACUUUCGCCACCGAUGUAGGGGUCACUGCUUUCCCUGAGGCCGAGAACAGGACUGGAGAGGCCACCAGGCCCUGGGGUGUUCCCAAGGAGUCCACACAUGGCCCAGCCUUCACCGCCUUCACCAGUGAGGACCAUGUCGUGCAGGUGACUGCAGUUCCAGGUGCGGCCGAGGUGCCCGGGCAGCCACGAUUGCCGGGGGGGGUUGUGUUCCACUACCGCCCAGGCUCCGCCCGCUACUCACUGACCUUUGAGGAGGCUCAGCAGGCCUGCCUACGCACUGGGGCUGUCAUCGCCUCUCCUGAGCAGCUCCAGGCUGCCUAUGAAGCUGGCUACGAACAAUGUGAUGCUGGUUGGCUGCAGGACCAGACUGUCAGAUACCCCAUUGUGAGCCCACGGACCCCGUGUGUGGGUGACAAGGACAGCAGCCCGGGGGUCAGGACCUAUGGUGUGCGGCCACCAUCAGAAACCUACGAUGUCUACUGCUAUGUGGACAAGCUUGAGGGGGAGGUGUUCUUCAUCACACGCCUGGAGCAGUUCACCUUCCAGGAAGCCCUGGCAUUCUGCGAAUCUCAUAACGCCACCCUGGCCUCCACUGGCCAGCUCUAUGCUGCCUGGAGCCAAGGCCUGGACAAGUGCUAUGCCGGCUGGCUAUCAGAUGGCAGCCUCCGUUACCCCAUUGUGACCCCGAGGCCCUCCUGCGGUGGAGACAAGCCAGGCGUGAGAACUGUCUACCUCUACCCCAACCAGACAGGCCUCCCAGACCCGCUGUCCCGGCACCAUGCCUUCUGCUUCCGAGGUGUCUCAGCAGUACCCUCUCCAGGAGAAGAGGAAGGUGGCACACCCACCCCCUCUGUAGUGGAGGACUGGAUCGCUACCCAGGUGGGGCCUGGUGUGGCUGCUGUCCCCAUGGGGGAGGAGACGACUGCAAUCCUGGACUUCACCAUUGAGCCUGAAAACCAGACGGAAUGGGAACCAGCCUACAGCCCAGCAGGCACUUCCCCACUGCCAGGGAUCCCUCCAACAUGGCCUCCCACCAGCACAGCAACAGAGGAGAGCACAGAAGGCCCUUCUGGAACGGAAGUGCCCUCAGUCUCAGAGGAGCCAUCCCCCUCAGAGGAGCCAUUCCCCUGGGAGGAGUUGUCCACACUUUCACCCCCAGGGCCCAGUGGGACUGAGCUGCCAGGCUCUGGGGAGGCAUCUGGGGUACCUGAAGUCAGUGGUGACUUCACAGGCAGUGGAGAAGUUUCGGGACAUCCAGACUCCAGUGGGCAACUCUCAGGGGAAAGUGCAAGUGGACUGCCCUCUGAAGAUCUUGACUCCAGUGGGCUCACCUCUGCUGUGGGAAGUGGACUGGCCUCAGGGGAUGAAGAUAGAAUUACAUUGUCCAGCAUUCCUAAAGUAGAAGGUGAGGGCCUAGAGACCUCUGCCUCUGGAGUCGAGGACCUCAGCGGGCUGCCUUCUGGAAGAGAAGGUCUAGAGACUUCUACCUCUGGAGUCGGGGAUCUCAGUGGGUUGCCUUCUGGAGAAGGUCUAGAAGUCUCUGCCUCUGGAGUUGAGGACCUCAGUGGAUUGCCUUCUGGAGAGGGUCCAGAAACAUCUGCCUCUGGAGUUGGGGACCUCAGCAGGCUGCCUUCUGGAGAAGGUCCAGAAGUCUCUGCCUCUGGAGUAGGAGACCUCAGUGGACUUCCUUCUGGAAGAGAAGGUCUAGAGACCUCUACCUCUGGUGUAGAGGACCUCAGUGGGUUGCCUUCUGGAGAAGGUCCAGAAGCCUCCACCUCUGGAGUUGGGGAUCUCAGCAGGCUGCCUUCUGGAGAAGGUCCAGAAGUCUCUGCCUCUGGAGUAGAGGACCUCAGUGGAUUACCUUCUGGAGAGGGUCUAGAAGCUUCUGCCUCUGGAGUUGGGGACCUCAGUGGGUUGCCUUCUGGAGAAGGUCCAGAAGCCUCUGCCUCUGGAGUCGGGGAUCUCAGCAGGCUGCCUUCUGGAGAAGGUCCAGAAGUCUCUGCCUCUGGAGUAGAGGACCUCAGUGGAUUAUCUUCUGGAGAGAGUCCAGAAGCUUCUGCCUCUGGAGUUGGGGACCUUAGUGGGUUGCCUUCUGGAAGAGAAGGUCUAGAGACCUCUGCCUCUGGUGUAGGGGACCUCAGUGGGUUGCCUUCCGGAGAAGGUCAGGAAGCCUCUGCCUCUGGAGUAGAAGACCUCAGCAGAUUGCCUUCUGGAGAAGGUCCAGAAGCCUCUGCCUCUGGAGUAGGGGAGCUCAGCGGGUUGCCUUCUGGAAGAGAAGGUCUAGAGACCUCUGCCUCUGGUGUAGGGGACCUCAGUGGGUUGCCUUCUGGAGAAGGUCCAGAAGCCUUUGCCUCUGGAGUAGAGGACCUCAGCAUAUUACCUUCUGGAGAAGGUCCAGAAGCCUCUGCCUCUGGAGUAGGGGACCUCAGCGGGUUGCCUUCUGGGAGAGAAGGUCUAGAGACCUCUACCUCUGGAGUAGGGGACCUCAGCGGGUUGCCUUCUGGGAGAGAAGGUCUAGAGACCUCUACCUCUGGUGUAGGGGACCUCAGCGGGUUGCCUUCUGGAGAAGGUCCGGAAGCCUCUGCCUCUGGUAUAGGGGACAUCAGUGGGCUGCCUUCUGGAAGAGAAGGUCUAGAGACCUCUUCCUCUGGAGUAGAGGAUCAUCCAGAGACUUCUGCCUCUGGAGUAGAGGACCUCAGUGGAUUGCCUUCUGGAGUAGAGGGUCAUCCAGAGACUUCUGCUUCUGGAGUGGAGGAUCUCAGUGAACUUUCUUCUGGAGGAGAGGGUCUAGAGACCUCUGCUUCUGGAGCUGAGGAUCUCAGUGGGUUGCCCUCUGGAAAAGAAGACUUGAUUGGGUCAGCUUCUGGAGCCUUGGACUUUGGCAGAAUACCUUCUGGAACUCUGGGAAGUGGGCAAGCUCCAGAAGCAAGUAGCCUCCCCUCUGGAUUUAGUGGUGAGUAUUCAGGGGUGGACUUUGGGAGUGGCCCAUCCUCUGGCCUACCUGACUUUAGUGGACUUCCCUCUGGAUUCCCAACUAUCUCCCUCGUGGAUACCACAUUGGUGGAAGUGAUCACAACCACCUCUGCAAGUGAACUGGAAGGGAGGGGAACUAUUGGCAUCAGUGGUGCUGGAGAAACAUCUGGGCUGCCCGUCAGCGAGCUGGACAUUAGUGGGGCAGUUAGUGGACUCCCUUCAGGAGCUGAACUCAGCGGCCAAGCAUCUGGGUCUCCUGAUAUGAGUGGGGAAACAUCUGGGUUCUUUGGUGUCAGUGGACAGCCAUCAGGGUUUCCUGACAUCAGUGGGGGUACAUCUGGGCUUUUUGAGGUCAGUGGGCAGCCAUCAGGGUUUUCUGGGGAAACAUCUGGAGUGACUGAGCUUAGUGGACUGUACUCUGGACAACCAGAUGUCAGUGGAGAAGCCUCUGGAGUUCCUUCUGGCAGUGGUCAACCAUUUGGCAUGACUGACCUGAGUGGAGAAACAUCUGGGGUCCCUGAUAUCAGCGGGCAGCCAUCGGGGUUGCCAGAGUUCAGUGGGACAACCUCUGGAAUCCCUGACCUGGUUUCUAGUACCAUGAGUGGCAGUGGUGAAUCUUCUGGCAUUACGUUUGUGGACACCAGUUUGGUCGAAGUGACCCCAACUACAUUUAAAGAAGAAGAAGGUUUAGGGUCUGUGGAACUCAGUGGACUCCCUUCAGGGGAGGUGGAUCUCUCGGGCGCAUCUGGGACAAUGGAUAUCAGUGGACAAUCUUCUGGAGCAACUGACUCCAGUGGGUUGACAUCCCAGCUUCCAGAAUUCAGUGGCCUGCCAAGUGGAGCUGCUGAGGUCAGUGGAGAAUCCUCUGGAGCAGAGAUUGGGAGCAGCCUGCCCUCAGGAACCUAUGAGGGUAGUGGACUUCCAUCCAGCUUCCCCACUGUAUCUCUUGUAGACAGAACUUUGGUGGAAUCUGUAACCCAGGCUCCGACAGCCCAAGAAGCAGGAGAAGGGCCUUCAGGCAUUUUGGAACUCAGUGGUGCCCAUUCUGGAGCACCAGACGUGUCUGGAGACCAUUCAGGAUCUUUGGACCUAAGUGGGAUGCAGUCCGGGCUGGUGGAGCCCAGUGGAGAGCCAUCAAGUACUCCAUAUUUUAGUGGGGACUUUUCUGGCACCAUGGAUGUCACUGGAGAACCCUCUACAGCCAUGAGCGCCAGUGGGGAAGCCUCAGGACUUUUAGAAGUGACUUUAAUCACUUCCGAGUUUGUGGAGGGUGUCACUGAACCAACUGUUUCCCAGGAACUUGCCCAAAGACCCCCUGUGACACACACCCCUCAGCUUUUUGAGUCCAGUGGAGAAGCCUCUGCAUCCGGGGAAAUUAGUGGAGCUACACCAGCGUUCCCCGGGUCUGGGCUGGAAGCGUCAUCAGUCCCAGAAUCUAGCAGCGAGACAUCUGACUUUCCUGAGCGUGCAGUGGGGGUGUCUGCUGCCCCUGAGGCCAGUGGAGGAGCUUCUGGUGCCCCUGAUGUAAGCGAAGCCACCUCCACCUUCCCUGAAGCCGAUGUGGAGGGAGCCUCAGGCUUGGGAGUGAGUGGUGGCACCUCAGCCUUUCCUGAAGGCCCCAGGGAGGGCUCAGCCACCCCAGAAGUCCAGGAGGAGCCAACCACAUCCUAUGAUGUGGGCCGAGAGGCGUUGGGCUGGCCUUCAGCCACUCCAACAGCAUCUGGAGACAGGAUUGAAGUCAGUGGAGACCUGUCUGGUCACACGUCGGGGCUGGAUGUUGUCAUCAGCACUAGCGUCCCAGAGUCUGAGUGGAUCCAGCAGACCCAGCGCCCUGCAGAGGCGCAUUUAGAAAUCGAGGCCUCAAGCCCCUUGCACUCAGGAGAGGAGACCCAAACAGGCGAGACAGCCACCUCCCCUACAGAUGAUGCUUCCAUCCCAACUUCUCCAUCAGGGACAGAUGAGUCAGCACCAGCCAUUCCAGACAUUGACGAGUGCCUCUCAAGUCCUUGUUUGAAUGGAGCCACCUGCGUGGACGCCAUCGACUCUUUCACAUGCUUAUGCCUUCCCAGCUACCGAGGGGACCUGUGUGAGAUCGACCAGGAGCUGUGUGAGGAGGGCUGGACCAAGUUCCAGGGCCACUGUUACCGCUACUUCCCCGACCGUGAGAGCUGGGUGGAUGCGGAGAGCCGGUGUCGGGCACAACAGUCACACCUGAGCAGCAUUGUCACCCCUGAGGAACAGGAGUUUGUCAACAACAAUGCCCAAGACUACCAGUGGAUUGGCCUGAAUGACAGGACCAUCGAAGGGGACUUCCGCUGGUCAGAUGGACACUCCUUGCAAUUUGAGAACUGGCGCCCCAACCAGCCCGACAACUUCUUUGUCAGCGGAGAGGACUGUGUGGUGAUGAUCUGGCACGAGAAGGGAGAGUGGAAUGACGUGCCUUGCAAUUACUACCUGCCCUUCACGUGUAAAAAGGGCACAGUGGCCUGCGGAGACCCCCCUGUGGUGGAACACGCCAGGACCUUCGGCCAGAAGAAGGACCGCUACGAGAUCAACUCGUUGGUACGGUACCAGUGCACUGAGGGUUUCGUCCAGCGGCAUGUGCCGACCAUCCGGUGCCAGCCUAGCGGCCACUGGGAAAAACCUCGCAUCACCUGCACAGACCCCUCCACUUACAAGCGCAGACUACAGAAGCGGAGCUCACGGGCCCCACGGAGGAGCCGCCCCAGCACAGCCCACUGAGAGGAGCUUCCAGGACGCACCCAGGAUGCUGAGCCCAGGAGCCCCGCCAGGCUGACAUCCCACAUGGAUGGUGUCCUCUUCUUGCCGCUUUCUGUCAUAUAA